AUGGCCACGCUGGUGUGCCGGGUACAGCUGCUGGAUGACACCGACCCUUUCAACAGCACCAACUUCCCCGAGCCCACCCGGCCGCCGCUGUACACGUUCCGGGAGGACAUCCCCCUCGCCACCCAGCUGGCCGGGGUGCACCGUCUCCUCCGCGCCCCGCAGAAGCUUGAUGACUGCACCCUGCAAUUGUCUCACAAUGGUACCUAUCUGGAUCUCGAAUCCACCUUAGCAGAACAAAGAGAUGAAUUGGAAGGCUUCCAGGAGGAUGCUGGGAGGGGCAAGAAGCAUAGUAUAAUUCUGAGGACCCAGCUGUCGGUGAGAGUCCAUGCCUGCAUUGAAAAACUUUACAAUUCCAAUGGACGGGAGCUGAGACGGGCACUUUUCUCCUUGAAACAAAUAUUUCAGGAUGACAAGGACUUGGUUCAUGAGUUUGUUGUCGCUGAAGGUCUGACUUGCUUAAUCAAAGUGGGAGCAGAGGCUGACCAGAAUUAUCAGAACUACAUCCUGAGAGCUUUGGGCCAGAUAAUGCUCUACGUCGAUGGAAUGAAUGGAGUAAUAAAUCAUAAUGAAACCAUCCAAUGGCUCUACACACUUAUUGGGUCAAAGUUCCGCCUGGUGGUAAAGACAGCACUGAAGCUGCUGCUGGUGUUUGUGGAGUAUACCGAAUCCAAUGCACCGCUUUUAAUCCAGGCAGUAUCUACCGUUGAUGAAAAGAGAGGAGCCAAGCCGUGGUCCAACAUCAUGGAGAUCCUGGAGGAGAAGGAUGGGGUUGAUACCGAACUACUGGUUUACGCUAUGACCCUGGUUAACAAGACUCUGUCGGGGUUGCCAGAUCAAGACUCUUUCUACGACGUCGUGGACUGUCUGGAAGAGCUAGGCAUUGAAGCUAUUUCACAGAGACACUUGAACAAGAAAGGAACAGACUUGGACUUAGUUGAGCAAUUUAACAUUUAUGAGAUGACGCUGAGACACGAGGAUGGAGAUGAGAGUGCUGACCCCCCUCCCAGCGGGCGCAAGGACCGGCGACGGGCCAGCCUCGGCACUAGCGAGCGAAGGGGCUUAGAACGCCGACGGAGCCGCAGGCACUCGGUACAGAACGUCAAAAGCACUUUAUCGGCCCCUGCGAGUCCCUGCAGCCAGUCGAGUCCUAGCUUCGUGCUAGGCCACGGGCAGCGCGUCGAAGAUCUCAAGGAGGAAGAGUGUGAAGAGGAGGAAGAAGAACAGCCAGUCACAGAGCCCAAUACUGAGGAUGAGGGGGAGGAAGAGACCAGUAGGCAGGUCAAAGCCAGGUACUGGGAUUCAACAUUGUCCCUCACCUUUUCCUCAAGCUCUGGCAUGAGCUCACCAGCACAGCGUGCGGCAGCUUCUGCCUUUCACUCACCAAAGAGCUCUUCUAGCAGCUCCUCUUCUGUGCCUGACUCAUCUGUCUCUCAUCAUAAUUCUGUCCUUUCAUCACCAUCUUCACCUGCGGCAGCAUUGCUAAGCUCUUCCCAAAAUUCAUCAGCAUCCAUUACUCCAAAGGCAUCUCCAACGGUGGAGAAAUUACCUUAUGUACCACAUACUCCUUUUCACCUCUUCUCGUACGAUUUUGAAGAAUCUCCAGCAUCUGUGAAAGAAAAGGAAGCAGAACUGAUGAGGGAAAACAGUCCUUCUGAAUUUCUGCAUGUGAACAAAUAUUUUGAUUCCUUUGAUCCUUUUAAUUUUCGAUCUUUCUCUUCUAAUAGAUACAAUAGCUAUGGCGGCAGCUCUUACUCUUCUCCGCGACCUUACUCUGGUGUGAGUGCCCCUACAACACCCACUUCUCGUUACGGGACAACUCUCUCACCGCCUCAGGAGACCAAAUCUGACAGGCCAGCUUUGGGUGGUCUCCUUACAUCAUCUUUUCGGCAGCACCAGGAGUCCUUGGCAGCAGAAAGAGAAAGACGACGUCAGGAGAGAGAAGAAAGGUUGCAAAGGAUAGAACGUGAAGAAAGAAACAAAUUCAACCGAGAUUAUUUAGACAAAAGAGAAGAACUAAGACAAGCAAGAGAAGAGAGAUACAAAUACUUGGAGAGGUUGGCAGCGGAGGAGUAUGAGAAGGAGCUGAAGAGUCGGAGCGUAAGCCGAGGGAGAAGUGAGCUGUCCUUGAACCUGAGAUCUCCUUCAGCCCCAUCCUCACCUGUACCCAAGUGCAUCAGCCCAGCAUCCGUAGAGUCCCAGGAAGAGCUGAAGACCCCUUCCACCCCUUGUGGGACCCCUCAGCCCUCAGAAGUGAGUGCCAGUGAACCCGAACCAGAGACAGAGACAGAACCAGAACCAGAGCAGGAGGCUGAGGCCGAGCAGGGAACGGAGACACCCAAGGAAAUAGAGGCUACAGAGGUGGGACCAGAGGGUGAGGUGGAGCAAGGACCAGAGAGAGAGCCAGAAGAAAGUGCGAUACUCAGUGAAAAAGAGAGGCAGAAUGAGGAAGUGAAUGAAAAAGACAACUGCUCUGCAUCCAGCAUAUCCUCAGCAAGCAGCACUUUAGAGAGGGAAGAGAGAGAGGACAAGUUAACCAGUGACAAUGAAACUGGUCCAUGGUCGCAGACCAUUCAGGAUGCUGGUGUGAAUGAGCAGUGCAGCAACAUCCUCAACAACAAGCGGUUUAUGCUGGACAUGUUGUAUGCGCAUAACAAAAAGCCCAAGGAUGAAGAGGAGAAGGAGCUGGAGGCGAAGGAGGAAAAGAAGGAGACGGAGGAAAGCGAGGAGUUGCUCACUAGCCUAGCCAGUAGGAUCUCUAUCCUUCAGGCCACGAAGCAGGCCAAAGAUGAAAGCGUCAAAAAGAUGGAGAUUGGAAAUCUGGACAACCAAGGCAGCGUGAAAGCCUUUGCGGAAAAAUUCAACAGCGGUGAGCUGGCCAAGGGGACAGCCGUGCCUGAAGAUGAAAUCAGUGAACAGGUCCCUGAGAAAACACCAGCACAGCCAAAGAAGGAAUCUGACUACAUCUGGGAUCAGCUCAUGGCUAAUCCUAGAGAACUUAAAAUCAAAGACAUGGAUUUUACAGACCUGGGGGAGGAGGAUGAUGUAGAUGUGUUGGACAUGGAUAUGGGUCCUGGGGACUCCCUUGUUCCCCCUCCUCCACCUCCACCUUCUUUUCUGGGUUUGCCUCCUCCACCGCCUCCCCCGCUGUUCGGAUGUCCACCUCCACCUCCGCCCUCUGCUAAUUUAUUGGCUCCUCCUCCACUCUUCAGCACUCCUCAGGGUUUAGGGUCGCCCCAGGUUUCCAGGGGUCAGCCAGCAUUUAUAAAGAAGAAGAAAACCAUCCGUCUGUUUUGGAACGAGGUACGGCCAUUUGAGUGGCAGUGUAAAAACAACAAACGCUGCAGAGAAUUCCUGUGGUCGAAACUGGAACCCAUUAAGGUGGACACUUCCAAACUGGAGCAUCUCUUUGAGUCUAAAUCCAAGGAACUGCCUGUCACAAAGAAAACUGCUGCAGAUGGGAAGAGACAGGAGAUCAUUGUAUUGGACUCAAAACGAAGCAACGCUAUUAAUAUUGGCUUGACUGUGUUGCCCCCUCCCCGCACUAUCAAGACUGCUAUUUUGAACUUUGACGAAUAUGCCUUAAACAAGGAAGGAAUAGAGAAAAUCCUGACCAUGAUCCCGACCGAGGAGGAGAAGCAAAAGAUCCAGGAGGCACAGCUGGCAAACCCUGACGUCCCCUUGGGCAGCGCCGAGCAGUUCCUUCUCACCCUCUCCUCCAUCAGCGAACUCUCUGCCAGGCUCCAGCUCUGGGCUUUCAAGAUGGACUACGAGAUAGUGGAAAAGGAGGUUGCAGAACCACUUCUAGACCUGAAGGAAGGAAUGGACCAACUGGAGCACAAUAAAACUUUGGGAUUUAUCCUUUCUACUCUACUAGCCAUUGGGAACUUUCUGAAUGGAACCAACGUCAAAGCUUUUGAGUUGAGCUACCUCGAGAAGGUUCCAGAAGUCAAAGACACGGUGCACAAGCAGUCCCUCCUGCACCACGUCUGCACUAUGGUGGUGGAAAAGUUCCCGGACAGCACUGAUCUUUAUUCAGAGAUCGGGGCCAUCACUAGGUCAGCUAAGGUUGACUUUGAACAACUCCAGGAAAACUUGUGUCAGAUGGAAAGACGGUGCAAAGCGUCCUGGGAUCACCUUAAGGCUAUAGCAAAGCAUGAAAUGAAGCCAACUCUAAAGCAAAAAAUGUCCGAGUUCCUUAAAGACUGUGCAGAAAGAAUCAUAAUCCUGAAGAUUGUUCACAGAAGAAUAAUUAACAGGUUUCACUCAUUUUUGUUAUUUAUGGGCCAUCCUCCCUAUGCAAUACGUGAAGUCAACAUCAAUAAGUUCUGCAAAAUUAUUAGCGAAUUUGCUCUGGAAUACCGCACCACCAGGGAACGAGUUCUGCAGCAAAAACAGAAACGAGCUAACCACAGGGAAAGAAACAAGACCAGAGGGAAAAUGAUAACAGAUACCGAUGAAGAAGAGGAUGCUGAGUCCGGCAAGUUCUCCAGCAGCUCCCCCCCCUGCCAGAGCCAGCCCCAGGGGCUGCAGUACGCCGAGGACGCUGCAGAGCACGAGAACAUGAAGGCCGUGCUGAAGACCACCUCCGUCAGCGGGGAAGGCACCACGGCGCUCGGGGUCCGCACUCGAAGCCGGGCCAGCCGAGGCCGUAUCGGUUCAUGGAACGCUGGCAACGACGAUUCACCUAAUGCAACGGAUGACGCAGCAGAUGAGAUCAUGGAUCGCAUUGUAAAGUCUGCCACCCAAGUGCCAAGCCAGCGAGCGGUGCCUAGAGAGAGGAAGCGGUCACGAGCAAAUAGGAAGUCAUUGAGAAGGACACUAAAGAGUGGACUGACACCAGAAGAAGCCAAAGCACUGGGCCUCAUCAGCACCUCUGAGAUGCAGGUUUGACGUCCCAGAGGUGACGACAAGAAGAGCCGUUCAUCUGAAGCACACAGGCUGACAACCCUUCGGUGUGGCAUCGACCUGCCAGCCUCCUCUGCUGCUCCUGACUUCCCAUCCUCUCUUAGUUCGAUUUUAAUAAGCAACAAAAAGCGAAACACCCCCCCCACGGCCAGGGCAGAAGAAGGGUGUGCCACAGCUCAGCACAACAUCUGGACAGUAACUGAGAAAGCGCGUGAGUGCUUGUAGGUGAAAGCGUAUGGCUUCUUCUCUCGUGGUGUGUUGACCUGGGUAGGAGGGGGCUCUCUCCGAGUUAUCUGUCCGGUGAGCUGUGUUUACGUUGGCUUUCCUUGUGCCCCGUUUUAGUCAUUGUAAAUGUAUGGCAUUUUGUCAAUGCAAGGAACAGUCCUUAAAGAGGCAAAAUAACUCCUGUUACAGCGACCCUAAUUUUCCUGAAGCAGAUUCAUUAAGCAAAGAUGUGCAGUCUGUGCGACCCUGUGGUUCGGUUGGGUUUUUUUGUAUUAUUUUGCCACCAAAGAAUGUAAAAAUGUAUGUGUACCUUUGUAUAUGUACAGAAUGAAUGUGUGGACAUGUGUGCGUGUUUCUGUACACACACAGUCAUGGCGUGAAAUCAUGCUCCUGCUGAAGCUAGCUGGACCAUGGUUUUCACUCUGGGGCCUUGCCGUUCCACCCAGACAGGAGGAAAAGAAUGUCUUUU